AAAGAUCAUCGGCGACGUACGUGUCGCUGGUUGGGAACCUUGACAGGCGAAUUGAGUUGGACAGAAACAUUAGACCUGGAGAUGGAAAAUACAAAACAUUGCUGUCGAUGAUGGCCGCUAAACUCUCGUACGAAAAUGAAGCCUUCAUUAAAAAUGCAGUUGAGGAACACUGGCAGAUGGAAUCUUUGGGAUUCUACAAUUUCCGGAAUGGUAAGAUAUAUAUUAGUAUAAGAAGCAACCUCUUCUUUUCUUUGGUGUUAAGUCUGAGUAUUAUAUAAAUGACAUUGACAUGAUCACUACUCAUUAGCGGAAAAAUUAUAUGUUCUUAAUUAAUUAAAGACUACAUCAAACAAAAUCUAAAGGGUGGUGUUAUUGCCACAGCUUCAAAGGUUAACACCACAGCUUUUUUAAUUAAUUGACCAUUAACCCACGCCGAGAAGGUGGUGACUGCUGCAAGUUGGAUUCAAAUGAGGGGUAUAAUAGUCAAAUAAUUAAAAAAAGCUGUGGUAUUAACAUUAGUGGCUGUGGCAAUAACGCCACCCAAAUCUAAAUAAUUCUGGCAACCACUAAUUAGGUGUUCUCCAUUAAUUAAUAAAAAAAUAAUAAUCAACUAGUCAGUUGCACAUUAACACCUUAGACGUAUAUCAGGGAAGUCAAAAUAGGUGGACAAUGUAAAAAAUAAGGCACCUGAAUGUGACAUUAUUUCUUUUAUACAAAAUCGGGGAAGUCAAAAUAGGUAGACAACGUAAGAAAUUAGGCACCUGAAUGUCACAUUAAAUAAAUAUGUAUAUUCCACGUUAAGGAAUUAUGAAAUAAGAUAGCUUACUUGCAAGCAAGUUAUGGGAGAGGAGCCGAACAAGAACUAUUUCUCUUUGUUAUGGGUAAUGCCGAAGCUCAUAAAUGCAGUUUGGGAGCUAAUUAGGGGUUUCCUCAUCCCAUAUGUGAAGGGUCCAGAAUACAGAGAAGGUUGGUUCAUGAUAGGCUGGAGGAUGGUUGGAUUGGUAAUACCAGGAUUGGCAGCUCAUGCACCUCAAGAUUACGUCAAUAGUACCCGAUUGGGAUCCUUACCUUCGGAUCUUCACCAAGUACUUGAAAGAGAUUAAGAUACUAACGCAGCCAACCACUAGCUCAUUAUGUUUGGGUUGCUUGUAAGAAUAGUCUUUGACAAAAGAUAUGGACACAUCAUAGGCUAUUUAUGAAGGAAUAACAGAUAGACACUGCGGGUUUAUUGUUUAGAGCAAUUCAUCAAGAGAACAGGCAAUGACAGAAAUGGAAGUUUCAUAUGCUUUGUAGGGAGACAAUAAUUAAGAAAUAUUAAUAUUAAUGAUAUCAUAUAGAUAGUAUUCCUCUUUCCUUUCAAUUUUUUAUUAAUGCAGUAGGCAGCAGCUUAUUCUGAGUCUUGCCUUCCUGAUAUUAUAAGAUUGCAAUAGAAAAGUUAUC